AGGAAGAGCAGGAAGAGGCUCCUCCUCCCUGCAGGACUCUCCCAAAGCUCUGCUCCAUUCCCCGGAAACUGGUGGUCUCACCGGACCUCGGAGGAACCCCGGUGACCCCCCAGCUGACGGAGAGCCUGAGGAGGAUUCUGUUCGGUGGAACGUUUCACGUCUUUAACUACGAGUGGAGGAAAUCUUUCUUUCAGUUCAGAGAGCCGGACUCUGAGGUGUCCUACGCUCUGGAGACAGACAGGGGCGGGGCUCGAGCCGUUCAGAUGGUGGUCCAGGCUCGGAUCAUUAAAUACCUGCUGUUCAUCCGGCAGAGUGGCUCAGACGGACGGACACUGCACAGUCUGACUGUAGGACAGAAGGAUCAGGACGGAGCGUUGGCUGCAGCGCUGACCGACAGCCUCUGGUUGGCCGGCCAAGAGGUCAGUGCCACCGUCACCUUGGUAACCGAGGACUACUGCAUCACACCUCACCUGGACUACAAACUGGACAACUUCACAGAGAGGCUGCAGCUUUUCACAUUUAACAGGAAAGACGCCGUGAUGAAGUUCAUCCUGGAGCACAUUCAGUGUUUCAAAGAGGAGGGGAGUCAUGGAGUCAUCCUGUUCCUGUACAGCCUCAUCUGCUCCCGGUCAGUCGACAGGCUGAAGGAGGACCUGGACUCCACCACCUCCCAUCUGCUGUACCUCAGUCUGGGAAACUUUGUUUGCCGACAGGCUCUGCUGAACCUGUUGCUGACAGGUAAGGCCAGUCCAAACGUGUUCAACGGGACUCGGUCCUCCGGGGCGGACGGCCGUCCUCUGGACCGCCCCCUUCAGGGUGUCCUGCACCGCUGUGAUGUGGGUUAUUUACACUGGAGUCGAGAGCAGAUGGAGAGAGGACGACUGCUGCAGGUGGGCAGCAUGCUGAGGACGCCCCGGUUCCCCGUGUGGUUCUGUAGCAUCAACAGCGGUUCCUCGGUGUUGUUUGGUCUGAAUGAAUCUCUGCUCUCUGAUUGGAGGAUGGAGCACCUGUUCCACCUGUUCUACUACAACGGUCAGAGCUCCCAGAGGACAACGGCCCGACUCACUGUGGAUACUCACUCUCACCACUGGGAGGCGUCAGGCGGACGCUCGGAUGGAGACCCGGAGACCCGAUUCCCCUCGCUGGAGAUGACCAUCAGGACCAAGUGGGACGGGGCCGCCAUCGACUGGAACGGCACCGCCCCCUUCUACUGAGAGACCUGCAGGACCCGCCCUGAUCCGGUCCGGGUCCCUGAGAACCAGCAGGG